UUGGAAUACAUGUCAUUAAUACACACAGGGCCAAGUGACUUGAAAGAAUUGAGGAAAUAUUGGGUAGCAUUGCUUUGGAAUACAUGUUAUUCAAUUUCGGUGAGGCAAGAUAGCCUAUAUUGUUUGUAGUACCGUAACUUGGCGUCAUUUUGAUAUCAAUACUUUAAAUGGCAGGCCUGGAUUUUGGCAGUCUGAAUGAAUGAGCUAUAGACGGUGUAUGUCUUGUAUGUGUGAGUAACUUGGCAUUUUUGUACGUUGAAAACGUGUUUUUUAUGAGAUGUGCUUAUAUGGGCUAUAUUUUAACGAUCUAAGCGCACGGUCUAAAGCGCAUGGCGCAAGUGCAUUUAGGGCGUUUCCAAAUCCAAUUUUGCUAGUUUAACGGCGGAUAAUCUGAGCGCAACGUAAGGCGCAUGGUUCAAAGCGGUUAUACUUAGUCUCUUAAUUAAUCAUAGGUGUGUUUUGGGGGUAACAUGAAAUAAACCAAUCAGAGUUUCAUUUCCCAUUCCCUUUAAAAGCCAGGUGCGCUUGCACCAUGGCGGAUUGCUAUUAUAACGGCGGAUUUGCCAAGUAGUAGGAAAGAACGCUUCUCUGCAAAGGAAACGGAUCUGGUAGUGCGCGAAGUGAAAGCGCGAGCAGACCACCUAUGUAUAAAUAAAAUACAUCUAUAAAUAAAUAAAAUACAUCUAGAAAUAUUAUGACUAAUCAUUAUGGCGUAUUUAAAAAAAAAAAAAAAGCAUCGCGCGUUGUGCACCCGCCUAAGACCAGGUUUUUGUUGAUCAAUCGCGCGAUCGCUUUCCACUGCCUCAAGAUAGCAAUGCGCCAACAAUGCGUCUGACCACAUGUCAUUUUAAGACCAACACGUCCAUGAGCGCUCAGAUGGGCGCAAGUACAUUUGCUAUUUAAGCAACGUGGCGCUGGACGAGAAAACGUCAACUGCGUUGGACUGAAACUAGCAAAGACACUUGUGUUGCGCUUGGCGCCGCUUUGCCCCGGGUGUAAGAUAGAGCCUUAUGUAUUUGAAUGAGACGACUGAUGUUUGUGGCCUUUUUUAAAAGAAGAUAAAGAUCAUAAGGUUUUCACGAGAAUAUUUAAUUCAGCCCACAUGGAGCCAUUUGCAUGGGUGCUUCUGUAUGGAGUGUGUUUUCAAGGUGCCAUAUUCGGCGUUUCCUGGGCAUGGAGUGUCACCGUGCCCAGAGAGAUGGAGGGCAUGGUAGGAUCCUGCCUGGUCAUCCCCUGCAGAUUUUCUUAUAGCGAUUACCCACCCAACGACAAGGGCAGAGUGGUCUGGUACCAAUAUGUCAACAAAGGAUACCCUCUGGUGUGCGAUCCAAAAAACCCAAAUGAAGUCAUCGAAAAGUUCAGGGGAAAAACCUCUUUAUACGGAUCACCUGACAAGGGAGACUGCAGCCUGAAGAUCGACUCCCUGGACUGGCCUCACCAUGAGGAGAUGGUUUACCCCUGGGUGGACCCAGACUACGUCACAUAUCGCUAUUUUAGAUUUUAUGACAAAGCGGUGAAAAUCCACGUACGAGACAACGCAGACGAACCAAAAUUAUAUUUUUCCGGCUCACGUACGGUGGGAGAACAAAUGACCGUCCAGUGCAGCGCCUACCACACGUGCCGACCGCGUCCCCCAACAUUGCGCCUGACCGUAGCGGGACAUACUGGGACACCCAAAGUCAAUCACAAAGAAGUGCAUGAAGGCAAGUGGGAAAUCACCAUGGAGAUGACCUGGAUAUUAGACAACGCCCACCAAACCAUCACUUGUGAAGUCAGACAUCCCUCCGGCCGGAGCGCAUCCAAAACCGUCAGCCUUCAGGGACAAUGUUCAGUGACAAAGGUCACUAUAAAUCCCAGUUCGGAGGAGUUCCUGGAAGGCGUGGAGAAGGACGUGGUCUGUUCCGUGUCCUACGCCUGCCAAGAGCAGCGUCCAGAUCUGUCUUGGAAUUAUGGAGGCAUGAAGGUCUCCAGCGAGUUUCAGAAACGAGGCAGUGGGAGCUGGGAAAGCCGGUCCACUUUGACAUUCAAGGCAGGGGCCAGCGACCACAACCAAGCCCUGAAAUGCACCGCAAGGUUCACCAAUGGGCAAAUCCAAGAGGGCUACAUCACUCUGAAGGUGAAAAGGGCCAUGUUUUCCCUGGGGUGGCGCUUCUCUAUGCCCAGCCAGGUGACAGGCCUGCAGGGCUCGUGCCUGGUCAUCCCCUGCCAUUUUGAGUACUCCUCCACCCUGCCCUCUGACAUUAGUGUCAUGUGGUACAAGUACACGCCCGGGGAGUACCCGGUGGUGUACAGCCCAGCGCGCCCUGGUGAUGUCAUCAGUGACUUCAGAGGGAAAACCUCUCUGUACGGAUCUCCGAGUGACCGGAGCUGCAGCCUGAAAAUUAACCCCGUCGAGAUGAACCAUCAUAGACAGAGGCUUUACACCUGGGUGGACCCCAAGCCCAUCUCCUCCUACCACAGACAGAACUAUCAGGACAAGACCGUGGAGAUUUACGUGACUGACAGAGUGGAUAAACCAGAAAUGCAGAUUAUUGGCAUACCCAAGGUGGGAGAGCAAAUCAGCGUGCAGUGCAGUGCGUACCACAUGUGUCCGGCCACGCCCCCUAAACUGAGCCUGAUUGGUUUGCCCGAGACGAGCCGGCCUCGUGAAACUCAAGCGCAAGACGUCAAGUGGAAAAUCACGUUGGUGCAGACGUGGGUCCUCGUUGAAGAUCAACAGACUGUGUCUUGUCGUGUCCAGCAUCCAGAAGGCCAGGAGGCCCAGGCGGACAUCACCAUCCAGGCCGAAUGUUCAGUUGGGGAGAUCAUUACUGAUCCCGGCCCAGUGGAGUUCCUUGAAGGUGUGGUGAAGAACGUCACAUGUUCUGUCUUUUACACCUGCUCUAAACAACAGCCGGCUAUUGUGUGGAGCUACAAGGACAUGCCAGCCUCCAGCAAAACUACAAAUAUGGCUGCCACUAAGUGGAAAACUGUAUCCAGUAUAAUGUUCAUUGCAUCUAUGGACGACCACGGUAAAACUCUGACCUGCACAGCUGAGUUUCCUGAUGGGAAAAGGCCAAUGACCUCAAUCGAUUUACACGUGAGAAAGCAUGAACCCCCAGCGCCUGAAUCGCCCCCUGCUGGUCUGGACACUAAUGACACAAGCAGAAAGCAGAGCCUCCUCCCCAUCCUGCUGCCUGCCACAGCUGCUGCCCUGCUUGCCCUGGCUCUGUGUGUGGGAGUCUUGACGUGCAGGAAAAGGUGUUCCAGGAAAAGUACUGAUCAACACUCACUGAGGCCACCACAACCUGACAAUCAGAGGUCUUUUUGGAAAAGAUUUUCCAGAAGGCAUGAAGGUAACAGCACUAGUUGGAAUGUGGGCAACACUGGCCACAGGGAACUUCCCAGGGACUGUCCACGUAGACCACCUCGUCCAGAGGAAAGGGCAUCAUUCUGGAGGCGGUUUUCCAGAAGAAAUCCCAAAGACUUCCUGGACAGACCUCCUCGCCCAGAAAAAAGGAGGUCCAUUUGGAGCAGGUUUUCAAGACAGCAACAUGGCAACGGACCUGAGAUGAAUGUGGGCUACAGGGCCAAUAACGAGAGCUUAGCAGGCAAUGUUCAAACCAAACCCAAACCCCGCUGCCCAUCUCCUGUAAGAAACCCAAAAUCUGCCCAUGCUGCCAAACAUAGGAAUGAUACACCAUAUUUUGAAGAAGAAGAAGAGGUGGAUUAUGAAAAUAGUUUUAAAGAGGACGUUUAUGCGAACAUGUAAUGGCACAAAGUUGGCUAGUCUUAAGAAAAACCUGCUACUUUAACAUACGUGAUCCGGAGGCAGUUCAAGCAACGACUAUGCAUUGAAAAGGCCUUUGUCACACGACAGGAAUUUUGAUUGUAAUUCUCAAUGCACACAUUUCACAUAUGAUACUUUUUUAUCGGAUAUAGCUUGUGCGCGAUGUGGUUAAGGCUUGUGAUUUCUGCCAGCACGUUUAUUACUGAACGGCCAUGAAGAUGGAGGUUUUGGUAUCACAAGAAUCAUAAGAACUAUUAAUUCUGUUCUCUAGUACGUGUGCUGGGUGCUUGGAAAGGAUCCUUUUGAUUUUCUAACGGUACAUUACUUGAUGUCCUAUUUCACUAUUGUUUAUUAAUAUUGCCAUAUACUGCUUUGCAGGCCUACAUGUAUUGUCACCAAGUAUAUUACUGUAAUGAAGAGCGAAACAUUUAUAUUUAAUUCAUUGAUUAUUUUAUGUUCUGAGAAUAUCUUUGCUGCAAUAAAUAAUUCACGGUGUUA